CGACAAUAUCACACUAACGGUAUAAUUUACCCUAACGUAGAUGGAUUGGUCCAAAGGACAAAUACAAUGUGGGUCAGGAAUAGGAAGAGGCGUAGAACAAAAAAGGUGAGGCCGUUAUCUUACCGCGUAGUCGAAGGGACAUAUUCUCUCUCAAGUAACACCGUCUUUCAUCCCUCCGUCACGGAACUAAAAAACUUUAGUUUAAUGGCGUCAAUUUCUGCAGCUGGAUCUCUGCCGCAAUCCCUUAUCUUAUCCGCUGGAAGAGCUUCAACCAGGAGACGGUAUGGACCUAUGAUAUCUCUUUCAGUGCAACACCAGCAGCAGCAACAAUCUCAGCUGAUUGAGCGAAGAAAAGUAAUUAUAAUACCAUCGGUUGGGUUAGUAGCUGGAGCUCUCUGGGAUUCUUCCCUGGAAGAAAUUGGGAUGGCAACGGCUGCCUCAUCUGGAUUCGCCGACAUGCCAGCACUUAGGGGCAAGGAUUAUGGGAAGACCAAAAUGCGGUUUCCAGACUACACACAAACAGAAUCAGGUCUUCAGUACAAGGACUUGCGGGUGGGGGAUGGCCCUACACCGAAGAUGGGAGAGACGGUUGUGGUUGAUUGGGAUGGCUACACUAUUGGAUAUUAUGGCCGCAUAUUUGAAGCUCGAAACAAGACCAAAGGCGGUUCCUUUGUGGGAGAUGACAAAGACUUUUUCAAAUUUAGACUUGGAUCCCAAGAAGUAAUUCCAGCGUUUGAGGAAGCUGUUUCAGGAAUGGCUCUAGGUGGCGUUAGAAGGAUCAUAGUUCCACCAGAACUGGGAUAUCCUGAAAAUGAUUUCAACAAAAGUGGCCCCAGACCAACAACCUUCUCGGGUCAACGAGCAUUGGAUUUUGUGCUCAGGAACCAAGGGCUUAUAGAUAAGACUCUACUUUUUGAUAUUGAGCUCCUCAAAAUCAUUCCAAAUUGAUUUCUGCUCUAAGGUCAUCAUGUCUCAACAAUUAGAGAGGGAAAAUAUAGAGGUUGGAAAUUGUGUAUAUUUUAUACUAUUGAGCUGGUAAUAGGUCCAUCGUCAUGACAAUGAAUCAUGAGUAACCUUUUUGUCCCAGAGAGGUUUUCUUGAUACUGUCAACACUGGAAGCUGAAGUCAGCCAUAGGUGAAAAUAUUGGAAAACAUUGGGACAGGAAUGUGAAGGAUAUCUUUCAUGAAAGCAGGGAGGCCAUGAAAUAAAGUAUAACUCUGCUAAUUGGUUUUUGGCAUUUCUUUAUCUUACCAACUAAAUUAUGAUGGUCUUAAGAAAGAUCUGGUUGGCCAUUCUGUCCAAAUUUUGUUAUUCCAAAACCUCAUUUCAGUGUCACAAGUUUUGUAACAUUCGUGUAUAUGAAAGUGGGUUUGUAUUGUUGCUUUUGCUCAUACUCAUAAAAGCUCUGGUUUUCUCUACAGACUUCGUAGAAGUUUGUUAUUCCUAUAAUUUGUUUUGUUGCAGAGUCUUAGCUCUCACGUGAAAAUAUUACUUCAUGCCUACAAUUAUAAUCUCCAUCAUUAUAGACGAAAGGGCAAGCUUCUUUGAACUCGUGUCACCCUGUGCAGUACGAAGCAGGCCAAGGAUGAAGGCCAAUUGACUUGACUCAGUUUGCACCCAUGCAUUAUUGACCCAGAUGUCAUAAUUGUGUUCAUUUAUGGGUACUCUGCCAUUAACAUUGGUUUAAAACUUUUCCAGUGCUUGCUUGUAUAUCAGUUUCACUGCAAUGGUAUUUAGUUGAUUCAGAUAAUUUGCUUUAACCGGUAUUCAGGUCCUAUAACUUGCUGUCUUACCCGCUUUUGUUUUUGAAAUCUCAACCACUACAAGGAAGAACUUGAAGAGUUCAUAUUCUUGACUGGUAAGAAGAGAUCCCGCUGAACAAAACCAGCAGUUAAAAGUUGAGACAAGCUUGGGAGAUUGGUGGCUAUGUAAUUAUGGGUGCAGUAAGCAAUUAAGAUAGCCCCCUAUGACGGUUAUUUGGCCAACUUAAAUUUUGAUAAGGUUUGUUUUAAAUUGUUUGUCUAGAAAGACGUGUAAGGUGGGAAUUCGAACCCACUGUCACCAUCCCUUGCCCUGUGGACCAAAAAUAAAUUCUAAUAAGGUUCAAAGCACACCAGUCUCAAGUGCAUGUAAUAGCGAUAAUGAUAGUUUACACAACGUAUCCUGCUGAUCAUGUUGCUAUCCUGCCCGACCUAGGAUAGUGUCGUUUAUUUGGCUGCCUAAUCUAGUCAAAAUAAAACAGAAGCAUUUAGUGCUUUCUGAUUGACUUCAAGAUAACAACUUCAAUGCUUCGGAAAGGAAUCCGACGCAAGUACAGAACACCUAAAUCAAACUUUGAUCGUGAACUAAUCAUAAAUAUUAUAGCAAUAGACGAUGGCCAUUAGAAAAUAGAAUCCAGAGAUUGCUCUAGUUAUCACAAACCAAUGUUUCAAAACAGAACAACAAAACCAACAACCAAAUAUUCAAAUAGCGAUAAGAUAACAGUGUAGCAGCUGUUAUUUUACGAUCGCACCACUAUCCGUCAUUGUUAUUAGAGGAAAAAUGAAAAAAAAUUUGAAUUUCAUCUAUAACA